UUUCACCAAUCCACCAAACUUUUUUAAAACAGAAAAAAAUCUCCUUUUCCCACGCUAUUACAAAACACACCCAUGACUUCUCAAUCUCUUACCCAGCCAAAAAUCUGAGUCCCUAACUAGGGUUCUUUUCUUAUCUCUCUCUCUCAAGGGAAAACGAAGAUGAUGGAGUCUAAGUCUCCGGUCUGCAACACGUGCGGAGAGGAGAUUGGUGUGAAACCAAACGGAGAGUUCUUCGUUGCUUGCCAUGAGUGUAGUUUCCCGAUCUGCAAAGCAUGUCUUGAAUAUGAAUUCAAAGAAGGUCGAAGAAUCUGCUUGCGUUGCGGCAAUCCUUAUGAUGAGAAUGUGCUUGAUGAUGUUGAGACAAAGACAUCUAAACACCAAUCCACUAUUGCAACACACAUCAGUAACACUCCUCAGGAUUCUGGAAUUCAUGCUAGACAUGUAAGUACAGUCUCCACAAUAGACAAUGAACUUAAUGAUGAAUACGGAAACCCGAUAUGGAAGAACAGAGUUGAUAGCUGGAAAGACAAGAAAAGCAAGAAGAAGAAGAAACAUGCAAAGGCAACAAAAGAUGAAGACCCUGAUGCUCAGGUUCCUCCCCAACAGCACAUGGAAGAUAUAUCACUAAACGCAGAGGCUGCUUCUGCUACAGAUGUGCUCUCGGUUGUGAUACCUAUCCCAAGGACAAAGAUAACUUCAUACAGAAUCGUUAUCAUCAUGCGACUGACCAUCUUGGCUCUGUUCUUCCACUACCGUAUCACCCAUCCUGUGGACAGUGCUUACGGUCUAUGGCUAACAUCUGUGAUAUGUGAGAUCUGGUUUGCUUUCUCAUGGGUGUUGGAUCAGUUUCCUAAAUGGUCUCCUAUCAACAGAGAAACUUACAUCGACCGUUUAUCCGCAAGAUUCGAAAGAGAAGGCGAGCCAUCACAGCUUGCAGCUGUGGAUUUCUUUGUCAGUACAGUAGAUCCGUUGAAGGAGCCUCCUCUGAUCACUGCAAACACCGUUCUUUCGAUCCUGGCCCUUGAUUAUCCGGUGGAUAAGGUCUCUUGCUAUGUAUCUGAUGAUGGUGCAGCGAUGCUUUCGUUUGAGUCUUUGGUUGAGACAGCAGAUUUUGCUAGGAAAUGGGUGCCUUUCUGCAAGAAGUACUCGAUAGAGCCACGAGCUCCGGAGUUUUACUUCUCGCUUAAAAUCGAUUACUUGAGGGACAAGGUUCAGCCUUCUUUUGUCAAAGAACGUAGAGCCAUGAAAAGAGAUUAUGAAGAGUUCAAGAUCAGAAUGAAUGCUUUAGUGGCCAAGGCUCAAAAGACACCAGAAGAAGGAUGGACAAUGCAAGAUGGAACCUCUUGGCCUGGAAACAAUACUCGUGACCAUCCCGGAAUGAUUCAGGUUUUUCUUGGAUAUAGCGGUGCGCGUGAUAUUGAAGGAAACGAACUUCCAAGAUUAGUAUACGUCUCUAGAGAGAAGAGACCUGGAUAUCAGCAUCACAAGAAGGCUGGUGCAGAGAACGCAUUGGUGAGGGUUUCCGCGGUGCUAACGAAUGCUCCAUUCAUUCUCAAUCUUGAUUGUGAUCACUACGUCAACAACAGUAAGGCCGUCCGUGAAGCAAUGUGCUUCUUAAUGGAUCCAGUCGUUGGUCAAGACGUUUGCUAUGUUCAGUUCCCACAGAGAUUCGAUGGAAUCGACAAGAGUGAUCGAUACGCUAACCGAAACAUAGUUUUCUUCGACGUUAAUAUGAGAGGGCUUGAUGGGAUCCAAGGACCGGUCUAUGUCGGAACCGGUUGUGUCUUUAGAAGACAAGCACUGUACGGAUAUAGCCCACCUUCUAAACCAAAGAUGUUACCGCAAUCUUCUUCCUCGUCUUGUUGCUGCUGUCCAAGCAAGAAAAAACAAACACAAGAUCCUUCAGAGAUUUACAAAGACGCAAAGCGAGAAGAACUUGACGCUGCAAUCUUUAACCUAGGAGACCUAGACAACUACGAUGAGUACGAGAGAUCCAUGCUCAUUUCACAAACCAGCUUUGAGAAAACGUUUGGUCUCUCUGCGGUUUUCAUCGAGUCUACACUUAUGGAGAACGGUGGCGUUCCUGACUCUGUGAACCCUUCAACGCUCAUCAAAGAAGCUAUUCAUGUCAUUAGUUGCGGAUAUGAAGAGAAAACUGAAUGGGGAAAAGAAAUCGGAUGGAUUUAUGGAUCAAUCACGGAAGAUAUUUUGACGGGUUUCAAGAUGCAUUGCCGUGGAUGGAGAUCUAUUUACUGUAUGCCACUAAGACCAGCUUUUAAAGGGUCAGCUCCUAUCAAUCUAUCUGAUAGGCUUCACCAGGUUCUGCGUUGGGCUCUUGGCUCGGUUGAGAUCUUCCUUAGUAGACAUUGUCCUCUCUGGUAUGGUUGCAGUGGAGGCCGCCUCAAGUGGCUCCAGAGAAUGGCUUAUAUUAACACCAUUGUUUAUCCCUUCACUUCCUUGCCUCUUGUUGCUUACUGUACCCUUCCCGCCAUUUGUCUUCUCACCGGCAAAUUCAUCAUCCCAACGCUAUCAAACCUAGCAAGCAUGCUGUUUCUAGGUCUCUUCAUAUCAAUCAUCUUAACAAGCGUCCUUGAGCUUAGAUGGAGUGGAGUGAGCAUUGAAGACUUGUGGAGAAACGAGCAGUUUUGGGUGAUUGGAGGUGUCUCAGCUCAUCUGUUUGCUGUAUUCCAAGGCUUCCUCAAAAUGCUCGCCGGUCUCGACACAAACUUCACAGUCACAUCGAAAACCGCAGAAGAUUUGGAGUUCGGUGAGCUUUACAUUGUCAAAUGGACAACUCUCUUGAUCCCUCCAACAUCACUUCUCAUAAUAAACUUGGUUGGAGUCGUUGCUGGAUUCUCUGAUGCUUUAAACAAAGGUUAUGAAGCUUGGGGACCAUUGUUUGGGAAGAUUUUCUUCGCCUUUUGGGUCGUUCUUCAUCUUUAUCCUUUCCUUAAAGGUCUUAUGGGAAGACAGAACAGAACGCCCACCAUUGUUAUUCUCUGGUCUAUCUUGCUGGCUUCAGUGUUUUCUCUUGUUUGGGUUCGUAUCAAUCCUUUUGUCUCUAAGACUGACACGACCUCACUUUCGCAGAACUGCCUUUUGAUUGAUUGCUAAGAGGUGAUGCUAUGUAUCCCUUUGAAUGAUUGAUGAUCUGUUUUUUUGUUGUUGUUUUGUAAAACUUUCCUUUCUUGUCACAGAAGUUUUCUUAUGUGGUUGCUUGUUCCACAAAUUAAGUAAUAUUCUUGUUGGACAA